AUGGUAGGGGACAAGGUUCCUGAAGAUAUCGUAUAUGAAAUCUUGCUAAGGUUACCUGUCAGAUCUCUAAUUCGUUUCACGGCAGUGUGUAAGUCAUGGAAUUGUAUGAUCAAAAGCUCUACUUUCAUCACCCAUCAUCUCAUUCAAAACGAAGACGUUCAACUUCUCCUUCACAACCCUCAAUAUGGGAUGUACUUAUUGUACAAGGAUGACGACAACGACGAUGGCCGUUCAUCAUCUACGCUUAGAGAGUAUACCAAUCUUGAGAAUCCGUACGAUCUUUACGACAGAGGGUUGGCAUCCAAGUUUGUCGGAACUUCCAAGGGCUCUUGGAAGACUCUCAAUACUACUGCUGAUCUUGAAGAAAGUGACAUUAUGCUUCGGCCCCGGCACUUUUUUGUUAGUAAUCUGCCUGCUUUUGUCAAUGGGGCUCUACAUUGGACUCAAGCCAGAGCGCACACCGGGAACAUUUCACUUCUGUCAUUUGAUAUGUCCGAUGAAGUAUUCGGCAAGAUAGCAGUACCACCAGAAGCUUCAGCACAAACAAUUGACCAUCUUGCUCAAGGACAUUUCAUGGUUUCAAGGUACAGAGAGUCCCUUGCAUAUUUUGAAACCUCUCGGGAGCGGAAAGGAAGUGUUGGUUGGGGUUGCCUUCUUCACAUUCACAUGCGGGUGAUGGAAGAGUAUGGUGUGGCCAAAUCAUGGGCUAAACUAUUUGCGAUAUGCCUGGAUCUGGAUCUAGGCGUUUCUAGACUGACUGGUUGUAGAAAAAGUGAUGAAGUUGUUCUCAGAGUGAUGGAUGACGACGGUGAAUAUCGGUCUGUGAACCCUAAGACCAAGCAAGUUAAGAGACUUCGAAUUGAAGGACAAUAG